AUGAGAAAACUUCCCCCUGAAAUUCAUAGUGAAUGGGAGAAGUUUUCAAACGAGUUACAGUGCAUUAACAACAUCAAGGUGAGCAGAUGUAUUCUUCCAUUUUCCGACGUCGAAGCUAUAGAACUUCAUGGGUUCAGCGAAGCUUCUGAAGCUGCCUUUGGAGCUGUUGUGUACUGCAAAUCCCAAACACCUGCUGGUGAGGUUUUUGUCAAGAUGGUGGCCAGUAAAUCCAGAGUGGCUCCACUGAAGAAGCUCACAAUCCCGAGGUUGGAGCUCUGCGCUGCUGUGCUGCUGGUGAAAUUGAUGCAGCGUAUCCAGUCGGCUCUUCGACUGAAAGUGUCCAAUACCUAUUACUGGAGCGAUAGUAUGAUUGUGCUGUCAUGGAUUAAAAAAGAGACGUCCCAGUUUAAAACCUUCGUGGCAAACCGUGUAGCCACACUUCAAGACCUUUCGUGUCAGGAUCAGUGGAGACAUGUUUCAUCAGGUGAUAAUCCAGCUAAUCUUAUCAGUCGUGGUGUAAAUCCGUCCAAAAUGCUCAAGAGUAACUUGUGGUGGGAAGGGCCUGCCUUUCUAAAAGACAGUGAGUAUCCGUGCAGAGAAAUCUCUGACACUGUGAUAAAGGACGAUCUUUAUCCAAGUGGAAGGUAG